CGUUUCUUGGAAGAGACUCGAAAUUACUGCGAAAAAGCGUCAGAAUUAAUAAAAUUAGUAUGCCAUAUAAACAACUGGAUAAACAUUCACCUGUUGGUGUCUUAAUGACUUUGAAUAAAAGUAAAACCAAAGGACAAAGGUUAGUAGAAUUUUUUGCUGCUUUAAAAUUUAAUUAUUAAAUUGUAGCAAAGAUGUGAUUCGAUCCAAAUGUGGUUUAAUACCAAUGUGUUGCACAAAUUAAAGAAACUCAUUAGAAUCUCAAUAUCUGAUUUUACAGUAAUAUAUUUGAUGUGUAUUUGCCUUUGUGGUAUUAGAGUCUCCUGAGAUUGCUCGUGGUUCCUAAGGGAAGCUGCCGAAAUUUAUACAAAGCAAAAUAUUUCUCCCUUUGGUAGAGCAAAGGAAAGGUUUCUUGCUUUCCUAUUAAACAUAAAUUUCACACAAUACUGGGUAGUAUAAACUAUUUGGAUAAAAUGACAAAACCUCUCCAAAAUGGCUGGAAAUACCAUUUCAGAGGGUUUAAAUUUCAGAAUCUUUGAUUCACAGGGAGAUGUCCUCAGUUCCUCUCCCGGGCAAGUAGUACCUCUGGCACUACAUAGCCGCUUACUUUUCUCAAAAUGCCUCCUUGCAACUCGACUACUGGGCCAACUUAAAGAAAUAAUAAUCCGAUAUUAGGCUGGUGGGUCACCAGACGGUUUUACUUGUCAAAGGGAGAAGAUGAACGGCCAGGCUCGUCAUUGAACGGCCAGGCCAUGCAUUGCGUCCUAAUCUACCCUAUUUAAUUAUUUUACUCUUGUCUUACCCUGGUUCCAGAGGCUCUUUGCGAGGUGAAAUCUUUGCGAGGCAAAAGAAACAAGAGGUGAGAAGGAAGAGCCUCUGGUCACAUCGGUUGCAAAUCCAACUUGAUUAGGUUCAGAAUUUGAAUCUUGCAUGUGAUUGGACAUUGCGUCAUUCCAGAAAACAUCCAUACCACCCCCACAGAGGAAAUUGGAAGUUAAACCCCCUACCCCCUUUGGAUGUCCUAAUACAUUUACUAUUAUCAGAAACAGUUUUCUCUCCCCUCCCCCUCCAGACGGCAGAAAUUCCCUCCGUGGGGGAGUGUGGAUCUUUUCUGGAAUGACCCAUUUGUAAAAAUAUGUCAAACCAGUUUGGGAAAUAAACAUUACUGAAACUAAUUAUAGCUAUAUAUACAUAUAGAUAUACAUAAAUUAAAUUAAUUAACAUUAUUUUCUCACUUUUAAAAUCCACCUAUAGCAAAUGUAGUUUUCAUGAUUCCACAUAAAGUUGUCAAGUUUGUACCCAAUAAGACGUGUCUCAUGAUGCAAGAACCAUAAAAAGCCAUCUUCAUUUCUCACUGAACUUGCCACCAUGCAGAAGAAGAAGGUUUCAAAUGUUUAUGGUCAAGUGUAUGGCUUUGUUAAAGAAGCAGUUAACUCGUUAGAUCAGUUGUACCCCGGUGACCAUAUUGCAUAUGAACGAGUCAAACUCUACUGGCACCAUGUCAUUGUCGAAGAUAUUGACAAGGAAACUAACGAGGUCAAAGUCAUCCAUUAUCAUAAUAAUGUUCGGGAGUUUUUUGAUACAACUCUUAAUGAAGGCUCGUUAGCACAGGUGAUUAGAGGCUCAAUUCAGUUUUGGUCUAAAAGGUAAUUAAAAAUACUACUAGAGUUAUAUUUAUUUCGUGGGUAGGGCCUGUGUUAGAGAGGUGUCUGCACUCCUAAAGUAGGUCUUAGCAAAGUACUAGUUUGGACUUAUCUCAAGUUGUAUCAGAAUUAGAGAGGUGUCCAAAUUAGGAAAGGCCGAAAGGGACCACAAGGUUGACUAUUUAGGCUAGCAUUGCACACUUCUAAUGUAUAUACAGUAGGCUUUCGCUUCAAAAUUGAUGUAGUUAACUUACAUUUAAACUUUGUAUUUCUACCAGAUUUUAUCGUAUUGUCUACGAGGAAAGCGAGGUGAACCCACCUGAGAAAGUGUUAGAGCUUGCGUGUGGAAGACUGGGGGAGAAAAAAUAUCACCCAUUGACUGGCAAUUGUGAACAUUUCUGUACAGAAUGUAAGAUUGGGAAGCGUGUCAGUAUUCAGGUGAAUAGAAGAGAGCUUUAGAUUUCACUACGACUAUAACUGCAAUAUUUUAUUUUCGUAUCAACUUCUUCGAGAUUUUGUUUAAAUAAUUAAACUGUUCUCACUGACGCGACUCAUGUUGUCAUGCAUGCGUGAAGAUUUAAUAUCUUCUUCUGAAUUUAUUUUUCAGGUGGAGUCUUUGGUUGAAAACACAAUUGCGACAGUGCUACCACCAUUAACAAGAGCCCUUCUAGAACUCUUACUCAAGAAAACCGUUCAGAAAAGCAUCGAAGAAUUCACGAAAAAAACUGCAAAACGUUUUGCCCAAGAAAUUCUCACCAAGCUUUCACAGACUGUAUUUCGCAUAGCCUUAUUGCGUUGUAUAGGAUUUGUUGGCUCGCAGGUAGCGUGGGCGUCCUUACAACAAAAUACAGCAGUUAUUGUACAGGGCGUUGUGGCCUCAGAGGCGAGGACGUUGUGUAGGACUGGGACCAAGGAAGUUGUCAAGACUGUCGGAACUGUCGGGCAAAGUUUGGGCGGGAAAAAAUUAACUGAGGGUUCCAGUCCCCGAAAGGGGGUUUGUCGCAUGACAAAAUCUGGAGUGUUAGCAGGUAAUGUUUAUUGUCUUCUCGUGAACGACCCCCACAGCCAAGGAAAAUCGGUAAAAAUCAGGCAGCCAAGAACGAGAGCGGCAGGGGCGUAGGAAGCUUAGAAUUUCGGUCGGUAGAAAAAUUUCGGUCAGUGUAUUUUAGGGGUAAAAAAUUUUUCCGGACAUACCAUAUUUUUCCUUAAAUACUAAAAAUUUUUUCCGGAAAAACAAAUAUAUGAUAUUUUUAUCGGAAACUAAAACAUUUUUCGGGGAAAAACCUACAUUACAGUUUUCAAAAGUUUCGUUUGGACAAAAACUGCGAAUUUUAUGAAAAUUUUUCAGGCACGAAAAGGGCACUUUGCUCCUGUAAAAAGGGCACUUGCCAAAACUUGGGGGGGGGGGGCAUGGCCCCCCUGGCCCCCCCGGUUCCUACGCCCCUGGAGAGCGGAUUACCCUAGGUGCGGGGAAACUUACUACACACGUAAAAACGCACAAGUUGUAACAAACCUGCAGCAGACUUGUAGCAAUUACUGUUCCAACAACUUGUCAACAGGAUGUGUUCGCACUGCUUGUCCCCAGUUUGUUGACAAGUUGUCAACGGCUUGUUGGCAACUUGCUGCAAGGUUGCCGAGCUCAACAGACUUGUUACAAGUUGUUCCAACAACUUGUUAUCGCCCUGCAAUUCAACAAUUUGUCAACAAGUUGUGAGUGACAACCUUGUAGCAACUUGAAUAACAGCAUUGCUACAACUUGUUGACAAGCUUGCUAGAAGCCUAUAUUGCGAAUAUAUCUUGUUGACAAGUUGUGAGAUUUUUACUUGUACACACGUAAAAACGCACAAGUUGUUAUGGGUCUGCAAACAAGUUGUUACAAUUCUGUUCACAAGCGGUCAACAAAUUGUGUUCGCACUGCUUGUUCCCAGUUGUUGUAACAAGUCUGGACAAGCUGUUAACAACUUGCAACAAGCUUAAUGGCAUUAUCAGACUUGUUACAAGGUUUUUCUAACAAGUCUGAUACAGUCGUGAAUCAUGAUAUAACAAGAAUUUUACAAGGUUGACGACACAAGGUUGUAACAAUAUUGUUAUAUCAUGACUGCAUCGGACUUGUUGGAACAAUCUUGCAACAAAUCUGAUAAUAUCAAGGUUGUUGCAAGUUAUUAACAACUUGUUCCAUACUUGCUGACAACUUGGGACAAGCAGUACGAAGACAACUUGUUGACGGCUUGCUGGCAGACUUGCUACAAGAUGUGAGAUUUUUACCUGUAUAAUUGGAGGUUGCAAUACUUUUUGCAAUUUUUUUCACAUUUGCAUUUCAGGGGUAGCAGUUGAGUUAGCGUUCAUGGGAAAAGAUAUUCGCGAUGCUUCGGUGAAGAAGAACAUGGGAGAAAUAACGAAACAAGAAUACGAGGAGACUGUUAUCAAGAGAGUAGUAGGUGCCUCUGUAUCCGCUCCUAUGUCGUUAGCCGGAAGUGUCAUAGGACAAUACGUACUUCCGAUUCCUGUUAUAGGCAACGUGAUUGGUGGAAUAACCGGAAGUGCAGCUGGCAGGGUGGUCGGCGCGGUCCUGAGUACGGGUGUAAUUAAGACCCGAGAACGUGUUGGGAAAUUGAUGAAAUCGUUUUCAUGGAAACGAGUUUAGUUGCUCAAUAUAAUGGUUUGAGACCAUUGCUCAAAAUAUUCUUGGCUAUGUACGUUGACAUGACAAACUAUCAGUGGUCAGACUUUAUGUCCCUUUCAAAUUAAAUCAAUUUCUUUUACCAUGCAAACCUUCAAAGUCAGUAUGCCCAGUUGGGGACAUACAGCCAAUUCAAAAAAGGUUGUCCUUCAAAUAUCUUAAUCCUUAAACAUUGAGCGCGCAAGGUAUGAUGGGUAUUUGCUUAUUUGGAGCCGAAAAUUGAACAUUAGUUUAGUGAACCGAAUAGCUCUACAUCAACCUAGUGCAUAAUUAAUAAAAGAGAGUAAUAUAUUUUUAGAGUAAUAUAUAUAUAUAUAUAUAUA